CCAUAGCUUCAAAUGUGACAACACGCUUUUCUGAAGCGCGUGUCGACCACGCUCCUUUUCCAGAUUGUAGAGGUGAGGCUGUCAGUUUUUGUAGUUGAAACUUUUGCCGCCGUUCUCGCCUUGCGCAGAGAAGCAUGUUGUUGAUAUCCAAAACCACGCCAAACUUAUGGGUCUCUCCACCCCACCAAAUUCACAGAGAAAACUCUCUCACAUAUCCAAAUGGUUUCAUAUUCUUCAGACCAUCCUCCAAAACCCCACUUGUAUCUUCAAAUUUGUAUCAUUCUUGUGCCACCAUUGGCACCUCAGUCUUGCCCAGUGAGACCAUUGAUUGUAAAAUUACGGAUUACAACAUUGAAAUAUGCAGAUUCUGUGAAUUGGGUAAUCUGAGAAGGGCCAUGGAAUUGAUCAACCAGUCUCCGAAACCAGACCUGGAGUUAAGAACCUAUUGCUCUGUCUUACAGCUCUGUGCGGAUCUUAAAUCCAUACAAGAUGGUAGGAGAAUUCAUUCGAUUAUUCAAUCUAAUGAUGUCGAAGUUGAUGGUGUUUUGGGUUCCAAACUUGUGUUUAUGUAUGUGACUUGCGGGGAUUUGAGGGAAGGGAGACGGAUUUUCGAUAAAGUUGCUAACGAAAAGGUCUUUCUUUGGAACCUUUUGAUGAAUGGAUAUGCGAAGAUUGGUAAUUUUAGGGAAAGUUUAUCUUUAUUCAAGCGGAUGAGGGAGUUGGGAGUUAAAAUGAAUUCUUAUACAUUUUCUUGCGUUAUGAAGUGUUAUGCGGCUUCAGGAAGUGUAGAAGAAGGGGAAGGGGUCCAUGCGUAUCUGUCGAGACUGGGUUUUGGGUCUUACAAUACAGUUGUGAAUUCUCUAAUUGCUUUCUAUUUCAAGAUUAGAAGAGUUGAAAGUGCACGCAAGUUGUUUGAUGAAUUGGGUGAUCGAGAUGUUAUAUCAUGGAAUUCUAUGAUAAGUGGGUAUGUGUCAAAUGGUCUUUCGGAGAAGGGACUUGACCUUUUUGAACAAAUGCUGCUUUUGGGGAUUAAUACGGAUUUAGCUACUAUGGUCAGUGUAGUUGCAGGAUGUUCAAAUACUGGUAUGCUUUUAUUGGGUAGAGCACUUCAUGGCUAUGCAAUAAAGGCUUCUUUUGGUAAGGAACUUACUCUCAAUAAUUGUUUGUUGGACAUGUAUUCAAAAUCUGGCAAUCUAAAUAGUGCCAUACAAGUUUUCGAGACGAUGGGUGAAAGAAGUGUGGUGUCUUGGACAUCCAUGAUAGCUGGAUAUGCUCGGGAAGGCCUAUCUGAUAUGUCGGUUCGAUUAUUUCAUGAAAUGGAAAAGGAAGGUAUUAGUCCUGAUAUCUUUACCAUCACAACCAUCCUUCAUGCUUGCGCAUGUACUGGCUUGUUGGAAAAUGGCAAGGAUGUCCAUAAUUACAUCAAGGAGAAUAAAAUGCAAUCAGAUCUGUUCGUCUCUAAUGCUCUGAUGGACAUGUAUGCAAAAUGUGGAAGUAUGGGAGAUGCUCACUCGGUUUUUUCUGAGAUGCAGGUCAAGGACAUCGUCUCAUGGAAUACCAUGAUUGGAGGUUAUUCAAAAAACUCACUUCCCAAUGAAGCACUCAAUUUGUUUGUUGAAAUGCAAUAUAACUCAAAGCCCAACAGCAUAACAAUGGCCUGCAUCCUUCCAGCUUGUGCCAGCCUAGCAGCUCUAGAAAGAGGCCAAGAGAUCCACGGUCAUAUAUUGAGAAAUGGGUUUUCUCUAGAUCGGCAUGUUGCAAAUGCACUUGUUGACAUGUAUCUGAAGUGUGGGGCACUAGGUCUUGCACGUUUACUUUUUGAUAUGAUUCCUGAAAAGGAUCUGGUCUCAUGGACAGUCAUGAUUGCUGGAUAUGGAAUGCACGGGUAUGGGAGUGAAGCUAUUGCUGCAUUCAAUGAGAUGAGAAAUUCAGGUAUUGAGCCUGAUGAAGUUUCCUUCAUUUCAAUAUUGUAUGCCUGCAGUCAUUCUGGAUUACUUGAUGAAGGAUGGGGAUUCUUUAAUAUGAUGAGAAACAACUGUUGCAUUGAGCCCAAGUCGGAGCACUAUGCUUGCAUUGUGGAUCUUCUUGCCCGCGCAGGCAAUUUGUCCAAGGCAUAUAAAUUCAUUAAAAUGAUGCCAAUUGAACCAGAUGCCACUAUCUGGGGUGCUUUGCUCUGUGGGUGUAGAAUCUACCAUGAUGUAAAACUAGCAGAGAAAGUUGCUGAACAUGUUUUUGAGCUAGAGCCAGAGAACACAGGAUAUUAUGUACUUCUAGCAAAUAUUUAUGCAGAAGCAGAGAAGUGGGAAGAAGUGAAAAAAUUGAGGGAGAGAAUUGGCCGGCGUGGCUUAAGAAAGAACCCUGGGUGUAGUUGGAUAGAGAUCAAGGGCAAAGUCCAUAUCUUUGUUACUGGAGAUAGUUCACACCCACUAGCCAAUAAGAUAGAAUUGUUAUUAAAGAAGACGAGAACACGAAUGAAGGAAGAGGGUCACUUUCCAAAAAUGAGGUAUGCUUUGAUUAAGGCAGAUGACACGGAGAAAGAAAUGGCUCUCUGUGGGCACAGCGAGAAGAUAGCCAUGGCUUUUGGAAUUUUGAGCUUGCCACCGGGCAAAACUGUAAGGGUCACCAAGAAUUUAAGAGUAUGUGGUGAUUGUCAUGAGAUGGCCAAAUUCAUGUCCAAGAUGGUAAAGAGAGAUAUCAUCUUGAGAGAUUCUAAUCGCUUUCAUCAUUUCAAGGAUGGGUCUUGUUCUUGCAGAGGUCACUGGUGAAACAAAGUGGGAAAAGGAGUUGAAAUGUAAGGAGCUCUUCAUCCAGGCACUCUCACUGUCUCACCCUGACACAAGUUGAUUUUCAAGAUUUGAUUGGGACAUCAAAGCAAGGCUGUGGAAAGGCAUGUGGGUUGUGUUCCGGGAAAUGCUAUUUCAAGGAUUUUGUCAAACUGAGAAGAUUGCUUCUGCUUGGCUUUCUGGACGACAUCUGGGAAUAUCUACGUAGGCAGCAGCUCAGGAGAUAGCGGAAGCAUGUAUUUUAACUCUUCCUGUGCCUGCUAAAUGCAUUAAACUGCUUGAAAGUGGUUCCAUAUGAAUGAAGUUUGAGUGAGGAAGCCAACAGAAGAAGCAGUCACUUCUGAUGCGAUUGGAGAUUAUGAGAAGAACAUAGCCAAAGCUAGUCUUAAAUAAAGAAGGGUAAAGCCUACUUUUGAGAAGUGGGAAGGUGCAAUUUCAGAUAUUGAAAAGGAAAAACUUAUAGAAUUAGAUGUUCAAACACCUACGUCGCCCUUUGUUUUGUUCUUUGGUGCCACCAAUGUAUGGUUCUUCUGAAAUAAUCUAGCACCCUAUACAAGUUCCUUAAAA